AUGGAUGCGCUGUUUUUUUUCCCCAACACCGCACUGGUCAACAUUCUUUUCUUCAAAGUUUCUGUCUCGCCGCAGACAAGCACAACACAGCUCUCCUUUACAAACUUCUUACAACUGCCUUACCGCCUACCCAGAUCAAUUUUCUUCCUUACAGUCUUCCGAGACCCAGCGGCAACAAUGGAGGCCCCCAACAACCAGCAGAUCGUGGAGGCCCUAACCAAGAGCAUCGAAGGUCUCAACAGAGAUGUCGAGCGGAUCAACCGUCGCAUUUCAGAGCUAAAGGCUCUGAGAGCUAGCAUCACGGUGCCAGAGAAGACCACCCAGAAGAUGAAGCGGAGUCUCGCCCCUGUCUUGAUUGAGGACUUUGGCGCUGAGACCGACACCUCCGAUCCUGAUGCGCCCCGAUCUACCUGA